AUGGAGUGGAUGAACAAGAAGGCAAUGAUGAAGUUAGCUUUAAUGCUCUUCCUCUUGGGCUACACUGCGAAUGUUGUCAAUGCUCGUUCCGAUUCAACUUCCUUCCUAACUCAAGUUCUCUUCAAAGGUGAUGAUGUCAAACCAGCAUGUUGUAAUAAGUGCCUCUGCAAAAAAAAGACUCCUACGUGCAUAUGUUUAGAUUAUAGAGAAACGUGUCACCCAGCAUGCGAGGAGUGCCUUUGUGCAGUUUCUCAUCCUCCAAUGUGCCGCUGCUAUGAUGAGACUAACUUCUGCUAUGAACCAUGUAAGAAGCCUGAGUUGAAGGAGGUCAUUAAGAAAUGA